AGGGAGGAGGGGGGGGGCAGCUCAUCUGGGUGCUGACCGGACACACUGUCACCCGUCAAAACGCGCGGACCGCACUGGGAAAAAUGACCGGGAUGUCAAGGGAAUAACACCAGUAAUCAUGUGCCUUACUGGCACCGAGUCGGUGCCACCUCAGCGGUAAGUGGAGAGAGGGAAAGAAGAGGAGGACGAGGAGGAGGAGGAGGAGGAGGAGGAGGGGUAGACAGCCUGGCAGACAGGUGCGACUCCACAGCCCGAUUCAUUCUCUCGCGCUACUAUUAAGUAAUAGAGCCAUGGAUGGCCGCAAGGAAAACAAGGUAAGGAACGCCAUGAAACCCAAGACGACGAAGCGAAAGGAGAAGAAAUACAAAGCCGGGAGGUUCGUGAGGAGGAAAUCGCUGCGAUCUUUCGGGAAUUUCAUGGGAAGGAUCCUUAAAACUUUGGGCACUUUGGCGCACUUUGGCGACGCGGAGCCUCCGGACGCGGAGGACGACGACGGCGGCUUCGGGCAGAGCGCGUCCGGGGGUUUCAAAGACGACUGCGCGCAGGUCUCCAGAGAGGGGACCGUGAAGAAGAGCUCCUCGGCGCUGUCCUCGUCGCACGGCUCGGUGAAGGACAGGCUGUCGUGGUGCCACGGCGACAAGACCCCCGGCGUGCUGGGACUGAAGAACCACGGCAACACCUGUUUCAUGAACGCCGUGGUCCAGUGCCUCAGCAACACGGACCUGCUGGCAGAGUACCUCGGGCUGGAGCAGUACAAGUCGGACGUGUGCCACGGGAGGGUGAACGGGGAGGUGAGGGGAGAGGAGCGGCAGAGCGCCAGGGGAGAGGUGACCGAGCAGCUGGCGUCGCUGGUUCGAGCGCUGUGGACGCUGGAGUACACGCCGCAGCUGUCCGUGGAGUUCAAGAGCAUCGUGGCCAAGUACAGCUCGCAGUUUCGGGGAAACUCUCAGCACGACGCCCUCGAGUUCCUCCUCUGGCUUUUGGACAGUGUGCACGAAGACGCCAACUCCAGCCCAAACAAGAACAGCAGCAGCAAGACCAAAGCGAACGCCAAGGGACCCAGUUCAUUGGGGGAUCCGUCUAAUCCCAGUACAGCAAGCACACAGCAGCCUCGAGACCGACACAGUUUUGUCCAGGAACAUUUCCAGGCUCAGUACAGGUCUUCUCUGACGUGCCCUCAUUGCCUUAAGCAGAGCAACACCUUCGACCCGUUUUUAUGUAUCUCCCUGCCGAUCCCCCUACGACAAACCAGGUCGAUGUGCGUGACGCUGGUGUUCAGUACGAAGGGGCAGAGGUACCUGCGAGUGGGGCUGGCUGUGCCUCUCUUUGGUUCCCUGUCCUGUCUAAGAGCCAUGGUGGCAGAGGAGGGAAACAUCUCCCCGGACCAGGUCAUCCUAUCGGAGCUGUACUCCACGGGUUUCCAGCGUUCCUUCGCAGAUGAUGACGACCUGACGGCAAUUGCCGAUAGUGAUGUCGUCUAUGCCUUUCAGGCUCCUCCCCUCUACGGUCGUGGAGGCUCCAACGCACCGCACUCAGGGUAUCACCACAGCCUCCCCUCCUCCCCCUACACCUCUUCGGGUGCAUCUGAUGGUCAGAGGUUACCUCCAAAUGGCACCCUCUCCUCUGAAUACCUGAACCAGGGCGUCUCCUCGAAGGUCCUCCUCCUCAUCUGCAACACUGCAGGAUCUGGCCAGCAGGCUGUCAGGUUUGGACCUCCAUUUCUCAUGCGGGAGGACAGGAGCAUCUCCUGGGACCAGUUGCAGCAGAGCAUCCUCAGCAAGCUCUAUUAUCUGAUGCUGAACGGUUCUCAGGCUCAGAAUGCUGGGGUGCUGUUUAAGAUCCGAGUGGUGGGGGGAUCGGCAGCCUAUAGCUACUUGUCCCCGCAGGACAGCAGGCCGCUCUGCCACCCUGCAGUUGACAGAGCCCUGAAGUUCCUCGGCCCUGGUGGACCUCCCCAUGUGAAGCUUGUCAUCGAGUGGGAGCAUAAAACUAAGGAAUGUCUGUUUGGCAGCAUCCAGGAGGAGGUGGUGAAGGAUGCGGAGAGCGUGAGGAACCAGCAGCAGCAGCACCUGCAGCAGCAUAGCUGUACCUUAGACGAGUGCUUCCAGCUCUACACCAAAGAGGAACAGCUUGCCCCCGAUGACGCCUGGAAAUGUCCCCACUGCAAGCAGCUUCAGCAGGGCAUGGUGAAGAUGAGCCUGUGGACUCUACCCGACAUCCUGAUCCUCCAUCUCAAGCGAUUUCGACAGGUGGGCGAGCGGAGGAACAAGCUUUCAACCCUGGUACGUUUCCCCCUGACUGGUUUGGACAUGGCCCCCCAUGUAGUUAAGAGGAGUCAAAGCAUGAAGAACCUGAAUUUAGGGGCCUGGCCACCUUCCUGGAAGCAGCCCUCAGGCCAAAACCACCAACCUGCCGACAUGAUCCUCCCCCAUGACUAUCUGUACGACCUGUACGCUGUGUGCAACCAUCAUGGUGGAAUGCACGGAGGACAUUAUACUGCUUACUGCAGGAACUCGGUGGACGGACAGUGGUACAGCUACGACGACAGCAGCGUUGACCUGGUGCAAGAGGAAGAGGUAUGCACGAGAGGAGCCUACAUCCUUUUCUACCAGAGACGCAACACCAUUCCUCCGUGGUCAGCCAGUUGCUCCGUCAGAGGUUCUACAAGUUCGUCAAUGUCAGACCACUGGCUGAUCCGGCUGACAGGGGACAGUAAGAGAGGCAGCCUGGUGUCUCGAUCAUCUACCAUCUGCCCGUCGUCCUUACCUGACUCGCCUGAGUCACCUGUCUUCCUCGACAGUGACUCUAGAGAGGAAAAAGGGGGGUUUGAGAGCAGGCCAUUCAUAAGAGGUCUUCAGGGACGCAGCGUGAGCAUGAGAACCCCCAGCAAAACCAAGGACACCCUCAGCAAAGUGCUUCCCCUGCGCUGGUCAUUCGGUGCCAAGGACAGACGGAAACCUGACACAGUGCCUCCACCUGUCCAAGAUCCUGCCCCUGUGGAGCUGGUGCAGUACUUGGAAUCUGGCCGCCGGCCCCGGUGCACAAAAGACCCAAUAGUAACAUUGAUGAGUGAACCGCGCGGCGCCAAGGAAGCUGCUGAGGGCCGCGCUGUGACCAGUGUCCGAUCUUCCAGCGUUGGGAGCAUCAGUUGUGUGGGUAGUCAUGGCGAGGGGUCUCCACAAGUCCCGGAGGGCCAGAGGAGGCCUUCAGAGAAGAUAGCCAGCUUGAGACGCAGCAAGGAGAGCCAGACAAGAGAUGAGAGCACUGUAAACAUCAGCAGUAGCUCAAGUAGUAACACCCUCACCAGGAGGAAGGAUACCAGGAAGCAGAGUUCAUCCAAAGCUUCGCAGGAUACUGAGGCAAAAAGGAGUUCCAGUGCUGGAGUUCAGCCCAGCUACAGCACUCCCAGCCUUCAUGAUGGGACUCUGAGAAGACAAAAAGGGGACAGGGCUGAUAGGGAACCCCACGGUACAUAUGAAGGAAACUUGAAGACCAAGAAAGGCGAGCUGCCGAAGAGCCACGACGGACUUCUCUCCUUCUUCAAAGGUAACUUCCUGAAGAAGGAUAAGGACUCAAGGAAGUCCAAAGAGGGUGGGUCAUGGAAGGGUGGUAGUGAGGAAGGUGGCAGAAGGACCCUCUCCAGGCUGUCGCUGUCCAAUGGGGCAGCAGGAGGAGGAGCUGGGGUGGAGGGAGGCAAAUCUAAUGGCACAGACCAUUUGGGCGAUGAGCUGGCAAAUGGGAAGGCGGGACGAAGUACCACUGACAUCAAACGCUCCCAGAGCUCUUCCAACAUCCCCACCAAAGCGGAGCACAGCAUGCGCAGGACAGCAUCUUUGCAUCGUAACGGGAUGUCUACAGCCCCAGCGCCAUCGCGCAGCCUCACAACAGAUAAACCGUCUUACGGCACCCUGCAGAGGACUCGAUACAGCACAACCUCACUGGGACGCAAGAGGACGGUCCCCGAGUCCAGCUUCUAGCACCAAGAAAUUUAACACCUCCUCACACACACACACACAAGCCUCGCGUUUGUUAUGAAGUGAAUGACGUCCAGUCUCUGAGAUCAAAGCAAUAGAGCUCCACUCACAGUGGGUCGCCUUUUUGUUGCCAGAUAAUGAACUGGCUCCAGUGGUUUGCACCAUGGAGUUGAGAGACAUGCAGCAAAUGAAGGGUCAUUUAAUGCUGGGAUGGAAAGAACAGAAUGAAAUGACCUGUCCAUCACACCUAUGUGCAAGUCCAUUUUUACCCUGUUUUUAUGAUGUAAAACAAGUGCCUGAGCAACGAAUAUGCAGUUUAGACCAAUUACUUUGUCUGUUUAGCACUGGAAGCACGAAAUCCCUUACACACACGCACAAGCACACACACACACACGCACACAAACAUAAUAUCCACAUUUGUGUCUUAUUGCUGUAUUGGAAGUGUUGGAAUCCAUCACUUAAUUUUGAAUUCGUAUGGUUUGUCUGCUUGCAAGGAAGACACGCUGAUUGUGUUCAUUUAUGAGAAUGUAAUGUGUCCACUUGAUUGACGUUGGUGCUUUGAGGCUGCAGUUUCUAAUCAGUAGCAAUUGUUCAUCUUUAAUCCCUCAUUUAAUGUUUAUUUAAAGUAUGGGAUGGCUUUCAAACACAACAGAGUGUUUUCAUGAAGCACCUAUCUAUCCACAUGUGGCCACAAACUGCAGAUGUUGUUUAUUUGGGAUUGCAUUUGUAAUACAAUGACCUUUAACAGUAAUCAGUCGCCAGAGGUGUUAUUUUGACCUGAGUCUUAUUUUAAUCCAAACAAUGAAGUCCUACUAGGACCAGUAGCGAUUUAGAUGUGAGCCUGACUAUCAUCCCUGUAGCGGAAGAGAAAUUUGAAAUCAUCUGCUGAAUAAAAAUAUGUCUGCUGUAAAGUGUAAUAUCAGUACAAAUUCCAACCUUAGAGAAUGUACUCUAUGUACACCAAUUACUCAUACUGAAUGCAUUCCAUGGUUUUUUUUGUUUGUGUGAUCACCUUUCUUAGUUUAUGAUUCUUUCUUCAGCUGUCACACAGUUAACGUAGCUGCAUUCUGCCGGUGGUUUAUAUGGAAGUGGUGGCUGCAUUCAGCACAGCAAGAGUUUUUCUUCUGACUCAGAAUGCAGACUGAGGCACAUGUUGUUCUGAAAGCUUCCAGAAGCAGUGGCUAAUGGAAACAAUGCUUUCUCUUCAAUGUGUGUUUGAUCCAUUUUGUUAAAAAUGUGCACCAAAAGCGGCAACACCAGGAAAUUACCCCCCGAACAUUAAAUAGUGUUUUUGGCUUCACUCUAAUAGAGCUAAAAAUACUGCAGCCUAAGCUAUGGAAGACUUAUAUAAACAUAUAAUGUAUGCGGGAUAUAUAUAUAUAUAUAUAUAUAUAUACACAUAUACACAUAUAUAUAUAUAUAUAUAUAUAUAUAUAUAUAUACGGCUAUACAUGGACAUUUGCACAGUAAUGAGAUUUAAUUUGCACUUUACACAUGAGGAAAUGCUUUUCUCUAAUAAAAAGGCAGUUCAGUGACAUGGUUGAGAGUGAAAUGAAAAUGAUAGCACAGUGCCACCCUCAGAAAAAAGCUGUGACUGAAGAGUUAGCAUUGCAGAAUGGAGCUUUUGCCCUGAUAAUCAUGUGUAUGUUUAUGCCUGCAGUCUUUUGCCAUUUAGAGUUACUGUAAUUAUUCUGAACCUUGAUACCUUAGAAACACUAUGUAGUUUAUAUAUGCUUUUGUGCAAUGUCAAUUCUUUUUUGCACAAAUGGUAAAGUCUGUUUUUUUCCUUGGAGUUCAGUUGAGUGUAAUUGGAGCUGUGCAUCUGUUUAAAGAUGGAGGUAAAAUUUACUCAAGUCACAGUAUUCACAUGUGAAAGUGAGCAUGGUGAACCAUUGUUAAACUUGUGUUUGUCUAAAAAUGAAGUAACCCCACAGGGUCUAUCCACCACGAUUUAAAAGAAAGGAUUAAAAAAAAAAGUGUCAUUCGCUGCAAAAGCUGCAUUUUGUUAGAAAUCUGUCAGUCAGAAAUAUAGGGAAGGAGCCCGUGGAAAAUAAAAGACAAUGAAGGAGUUGAAGUAUCACGGAAGCCAGUUUUCUAUGCACAUCAUCAUAAAGCUCUUUGUGUUACUGCUUUAGUUCCACCUCGAACACUUGAAUCGACCUUUUCUCAAGUUUAUGCCAAGGUUACAUGCUUGUGUGUCUCAUGAACCAAAACACUGUAAGACACUCAUGACAUAACAGAUUUGUUUUUCAGAGGAGAGGGUUUAUUAUCUCAAUGUACAACCAUCCUUGUUGGGUGUUAUGUAUUGAGUGGCCAGAAAAGGAAAAUAGCACGCUAAAUUCUUAGAGUAAAUAUAUGGAUUCCCUUUUCCUUGUGCAAAACCCUUUAACCACACCCAACAUUUUCCUAAAGGCUAAUGCCAUUACUGCAUAUUUGUUAAAAAAUAAAUAUAUAAAGUAAUAUAAAUCACUUAGUUACUCCAGAGGAAGUUGCAUGUACUCCAGUGAUUUAGUGGCAUUGUGGGUAAUGUAGGCGUCAGGUUUUCUAAAAGUAGUUUACUGGUCUAGCACUGCACUGUAACACUGUUGGACUCAGUAUAAACUGUUUGAAACCAGAACCAGAUGUAUCACCUUUUUUAUUUCCACAUUCCUUUUCAAAGUCUUAAUGCCUACAGUACCCAAGAUGCAACUAAGCCACUAACUGACAUCACUGGAAGCAAUUUUCAGAUUACAUGCAGCUUCCACUUGAGCCACUAAAAAGCUUUACAAUAUUUUUUUCAUAUAUGCAAUUGCGCUCCACAAGAGGAUGAGGAAACCAAUGGAGUUACCCAAGACUCGUCCCUGCACAGAUAGCAUCAUGAUAUAAUGGCUGGCUCACUUUGCAGGGCAGGAUCAAUAUUUUUUUAAUCCUUCUGUUGACAUAAGUCCCAAACCAAAAAGGUCAGAUUGACAGGUCACUGAUUUUGUUGCAGGCAUUUGUCAGAGCUUUAAUAAGUGGCACAUUAACUAUACAUCUAAUCUAAAGCUUUGUUAGAAAAGGUUUUUGCUUUCCAGGGUUUUUGGUUUCAGGAUAUUUUUGCUUCUGCGACAAAUAUGUGAAAUAUUUGUGCAAUUGUGAAUUUAACUACUGAAAGCUAUAUCGAGUGCAUUGACUCACACGCAGCCCUCACAAGGACAUGCCUCGUUUGGUUUUCUGUCACACUUUCAGUGAGCUGAGCUUGUUUCAAAAAGUCCAAGCAAUAACAGUGGAAUGUUUUACUCAUUACUGUAUUUUUCUUUAGCUAUUUUUGACUCUGAAGUGCUGAACUGAGAUUGUCUAGAUGGCUUUGUAUUAAACAUAACAAAUGCAAGCAUUCAUUAGGCCGCCUCUGUAGCUGCGUCUAUCAUGACUUUGUGCUUUAAUACAUGAAACAUCUAUUUCUUUUAAUGUGCUUUGUGCACAUAUUCUAAAACUUACUUUGGAACAUCCAACUGUUAAUUCAAAUUUCAUCUCCAUAAUGUCUUAUUACGAACACGAACAUUCAUGCUUAUACAAAUUAUUACAGACACAACGCCCACCUUUUUUAAUAUCUAUUCAUUACAUUUUUCUGAGUGCCACCACCCACAGCAAGUAUAAAGUCAUGUCAGCCUAGACAAACACUGAUAAAUUCACUUGAACUUUGCUGCUCUAUGAGGAAAUGGCAGUCGAAGACAAUUAAUUGGAGGAAUCGAUGUGUUGCUGUGGAGUGUCAAGUUUAGAUAAAACCACAGAGGGGCUGUGUCGCAUCAUAAAUUUUGUAACAAAGUUUGUGUCUGGUUUUCUUUACAUGGCUCAACCCAGUUGUGGCCACACACACACACACACACACCAUGUUUACUCUGCCAAACUGAGCACUGUUGUUGAGUGUUAACGCAAUUUUUGUGAGAUAUGGGUUAAAGAUGUUUUUAUAUGUAAUUUUUCUACAUUUUAUAAAACAAUCUGUGUAUAUAUGUGUAGAUAGACACAGACCAGAACAGUGUGUGUGGAUGUGUGAGAGAGAAAUAGUGAAUAAAUAAGUUUAUUGUCACUGACCUUUGGCCUGUGGGAUGGAGUAAUUUGGGAAUAAAGAUACCAAGGUGUCGAUCUGGACUUCACAUGCAAUAUAUUCCAUGUUUUGCACGGUGUGGCGAGAAUGCUUUCACUGUAAACAACAGUUUCUGCCCAUACAUGGUGAUAUAUUGUUUUAUUUUUCAGUACAUUAAAUAAAAAGAUUAUUUACGACCGUG